ACUCAAACAAUAACGAUAAUAAAGAAAAUCAGAUAGAUCAAACGGAUGAUAUAGGGGUUAUGAAUCGUAACAAUAAUAUAAACAAUACUGUAGAUCUUGAAACCUACCCAACGGAGGAUUUAGGUCCGCAAAAUAUUGCUGGAAACGCAUCUCCAAUUCCGAUAAGAAAUAACUUAUUCGCAGGAAACGUAAUCUUUGAAGAUUUUCCAUCAGAUAGCCAGAAUAUAAUUAAGAUUUUAGAGAACACGAUAGAGAUUAAAAACCUAUUAAGACAACAAAAUGAAUUUGUUGAGCAAUUAAAACAAAAAAACGACGAAUCAGUAAUAUUUGCAGCAGCAGGUGCAAGAUAUAAUAAUUUUUCGACUAUCCCUACAAAACCAUUUAAAAAGCACCGAAAAUUGCUGCAGUAUGACACUUCAUUGAAGAAUGAUGAAGAUGGAAAAAAACAACUGGAAACAUUUUUCUAUUUGCUUGGAGGAGACUCACCUCAGGAUCAAAUAAAACAUAGCUUGGAAAAAAUGUUUUCCAAUAAAUUGGCUAUGAAAUGUUCAUGGAAAGGCCAGAAAGGAAACUUUGCCAUAAAUUCACUUCUGCUAAUAGAUAUCAUAAAAAAGGCUGCUCGAAAGCAUUAUCCGAUGUUAACGGAUAGACAAUUUUUAAAUCAUGUUUCCGCCUGGUUUAAAUAUGCCAAAACACGUCAUGAUAGAGAGCAGGCAAAAGCACUUAGAAAUCAGAUCGGAUAAUUCAGUUUUAAAGAAAUGUACAUGAACUCAUAUAUGGCGUUCAGCCGAUCCUGCAAAUGCACUAAUAGUGCAAUAUUAAAAUAAUAAUAUU